CACUCAACGCGUACAAUUCACAACACGCGAAGUCAAAAAUUCCACAGUAGAUUACCUUCUUCUACUUCUCGCACCACCGCACAAAAACUCUCAUUUUUCCCCCAAAUCUUUUUUCUCUUUUCUCUCUCCUCUUCUCCAAUGGCGUCGUCAAUCUCCCUCCUCCUCCCAAUUUUCUCUCUCUUCCUCCUCUCACUUUCUCUCUCCUCCGUUUCCGCUCGACCAGGCCGUCCUUUCCACCCCUGCAACACCCUCGUUGUUUCCACCUUCUCUUUUUCUUUCCUCCCUCAAAACCCUAACCCUAACCCUAAUUUCUCUUUCCGCCAUAAUCGCCCCCAAUUCAUAGUCGUUUCCGCCGAUCUCCACCCUCACCACCACUUCCGUCACCGCCGAUUUCUCCCUCUUAUGGUCGAUCGCUUUCCAACGGUCGAAAAAGCUCAAGAAACUUCCGAGUUUUUACCGUUAGGGUUCAGCUCCUUGAGGGAUAGAACUAAGGAUAUUCUUAGCGUUGUUGCUUCUCUUCUAUUUGGUGCUGCUUGUGGGGCCCUUACUGCUGGUACAAUGUACCUUAUUUGGUCCAUGUUUAAUCAUCGUAAUGGAUCUUACCGAAAUUUGGAUGGUUUUGAGAGCGAUGACGACGACAACGAUGAUGGUGAUGAUAUAUUUAACCCGAAGAAGACGGGGUAUGUUGCCAUUCCUGCUGCUCCUGCUAAGGCUGUUGAUUCGAUUCCCGCUCCGGUGAAGGAGGCCGUGUAAUGUGGGGUAAUGAGGAAUUUGUUUCGUGUUUUUUCGUUUUUAGUAUGUAAUCUAAUGAAUGAGCAUAAUAUGGUGGGAUUUAAUUCACUGCUGCUGAUGAUAUCUUGAAUGAUAAUGCUUAUAUCUUGUUAUAUAAUAUAAUGUUAUUAUUGUUA